AUGGCCUGCCGGGGCUGCGGCUGCGGCUGCGGCCCGGGCCACCUGAGCGAGGACAACGCGCGCUUCCUGCUGCUGGCCGCGCUCAUCGCGCUCUACCUGCUGGGCGGCGCGGCCGUGUUCUCGGCGCUGGAGCUGGCGCACGAGCGCCAGGCCAAGCAGCGCUGGGAGGAGCGCCUGGCCGACUUCGGCCGCCGCCACAACCUGAGCCGCGGCGAGCUGCGCGGCUUCCUCCGCCACUACGAGGAGGCGGCCGAGGCGGGCGUGCGCGUGGACCACACCCGCCCGCGCUGGGACUUCACCGGCGCCUUCUACUUCGUGGGCACCGUGGUGUCCACCAUCGGGUUCGGGAUGACGACCCCCGCGACCGUCGGAGGGAAGAUCUUCCUCAUCUUCUACGGCCUCCUCGGCUGCGCCAGCACCAUCCUGUUCUUCAACCUCUUCCUGGAGCGGCUCAUCACCGUCAUCGCCCACGUCACGAAGUGCUGCCAGCAGCAGCAGCAGCGGCUCCGGAGGGAGGGCGCCCCGCCGCGGGGGAGCCCCAAGAGCCCGGGCUGCGGCGGGGCGGCGGGCUGGAAGCCCUCCGUGUACUACGUGAUGCUCAUCCUGUGCCUGGCCUCCCUGCUCGUCUCCGGCUGCGCCUCGGCCAUGUACACCUGCAUCGAGGGCUGGAGCUACUUCGACUCCCUGUACUUCUGCUUCGUGGCCUUCAGCACCAUCGGCUUCGGGGACCUGGUCAGCAGCCAGCACGCCGUGUACGAGAGCCAGGGCCUCUACCGCGUGGCCAACUUCGCCUUCAUCCUCAUGGGCGUCUGCUGCAUCUACUCGCUGUUCAACGUCAUCUCCAUCCUCAUCAAGCAGUCGGUGAACUGGAUCCUGCAGAAGCUGGACGGCGGGUGCUGCGGGCGCUGCCGGGGCGGCCACCCGCGGGCCCGCAGGAACGCGGUCACCCCGGGCCACGUCCGCUCGGGCGGCGGGGGGACGGAGGGCGAGGCGGGCGGGCGGCGGCCCUCGGAGGAGGUGGUCUCCAUGAAGGACUUCCUGGCCGCCAACAAGGUGUCGCUGGCCGUCCUGCAGAAGCAGCUGUCCGAGACGGCCAACGGCUGCCACCCCCAGGCGGGCACGCAGCCCCAGGACAGCGAGUUCUCCGGGGGCGUGGGGGCCUUCGCCAUCAUGAACAACAGGCUGGCGGAGACCAGCGGGGACAGGUAG